CUAGUGGUGCCAAUUAGUCACAAAAACAAUUGUCACCUUCUACUACCCACUCAAGAAGGGAGGGAAAGAAAAAAAGAGAUUCAUUUCACCCAGAGUUUCCAUUGCUUACUAUUGGUCACUCUCUCCUCUUAACCGGGUUGCCACUCCAGCUUCCAGCUGGUCUUUUCCUCUUUCACCCUCUGGCUAGGAUUGUACUAACCAAUCUCUGCUGCCAGUAUGGACAGACUCUUCUGUUCUUUUAAGAGUUGGUAGAGCAAACUGACUCACUGAUUGCAUGGCAUAUUUUUGGACCCAUUCACAGAAAAGAAGCCCUGCUCUAAGACUUCCUCAUGGAUGAAGCAAACCUCACAUCAUUUAUCCCUGAAACUCUAGGGAACACUUCCACCAACAGGAACACAUCUACAGGAGAUGUGGAUCGGAAAAUCCCAAUUGUGCACUGGGUCAUCUUGAGUAUCUCCCCACUGGGCUUUGUUGAAAAUGGAAUUCUCCUGUGGUUUCUCUGUUUUCGGAUGAGGAGAAACCCCUUCACAGUCUACAUCACCCACCUGUCUAUUGCCGACAUCUCUCUGCUCUUUUGUAUCUUUAUUUUGUCAGUUGACUAUGCUCUAGAUUAUGAGCUAUCUUCUGGGUAUUAUUAUACCAUUGUCACAUUAUCAGUGACCUUUCUGUUUGGCUACAACACUGGCCUCUACCUCCUAACAGCCAUCAGUGUGGAACGUUGUCUCUCAGUCCUGUACCCCAUCUGGUACCGAUGUCACCGCCCUAAACAUCAGUCUGCUUGUGUCUGUGGCCUGCUCUGGGCUCUUUCUUGCUUGGUGACCACAAUGGAGCAUGUCAUGUGCAUUGACAUUGGAAGAAAGGGCCACUCCCAGAGUGACUGCAGAGCCGUGAUUAUCUUCAUCUCCAUCUUGAGCUUCCUCGUGUUCACGCCUCUCAUGGUGGUGUCCAGUGUGAUCCUGGUGGUGAAGAUCCGAAGGAAUAGCUGGACCUCUCAUUCCUCCAAGCUCUACAUAGUCAUCAUGGUCACCAUUAUCAUCUUCCUCAUUUUUGCUAUGCCCAUGAGACUUCUUUACCUCCUGUACUAUGAGUACUGGUCGACGUUUGGGAACAUGCACCAUAUUUCCCUUCUCUUCUCUACCAUCAAUAGCAGUGCAAACCCUUUUAUUUACUUCUUUGUGGGCAGCAGUAAGAAGAAACCAUUUAAGGAGUCCUUAAAGGUAGUACUGAACAGGGCUUUCAAAGAUGAGAUGCAACUAAGACGCCAAGAAGACAACCCUGAUGCUAGUGCUGCUGAGACUGUGGUCUGAAGCUCAGGAAUUUAAUCAUGGGGAUUUAUGCUGCUUGAAGUUGCUGCUGGGGAAGCAGAUAUUUCCUGGACAAUCCCUGGAAUGCUUUUUAAGCCCAUUCUAAGUAUGGCAUAGCAGGUGUCCUUACCAGAUGCAGGUGUAUGGUUGGAUUGGUACCAUGUACGUAGCUUCUGGAACUGCCUACACCUGCGUCAGGCCUGUAUUAAUUUACCCACCACAACACCUUCUCUUUCCUCUAAAGUUUUGUGACAGCGUUACCCCCAAGGAGCUGUAAAAAAGAGUUACAAUUGAAACAUUUACAAAUAUUCCCAGAAAAAUAGCAGAAGGAUAUGUUGGAACUUGGAUUCUUUUACAAUAGUAAAAGAAAAAAAAGACUUAAAAAACCCAGCUUUA